AUGAUUGGACUCACUCUUUCAUCCUCUCGACCUCCUCUUCGCGGUCUCCGCCACGGCCUCCCGGUCCGUCUCUCGCGCCGCGCGGACCCGGUUCCAGCGUUUGUGUUGGCAAACGCUCCCUUGUCGCAUCUCUACUCCAACGAGAGCUGGUGGCCGUCCGACGUCUCGGAACAUGUCAAACACGUCGUCCCAGAGGUCAACUUCACUCGCGUUGCAUCAUCGGUUACUCUGGAGACACUCUCCACAUUCGGCAGCGACGUGUUUCUGACGUCGCCAUCGUGGAUUACGAGCCAAGUUGGCAUCCCGGACUCAACUGGCCAUAGUGCUGCUCCUGUGACCAUCGUAUUGGUCGAGAAGGCGAACAACACCCUUGAUGCCUUCUUCUUCUACUUCUACUCGUAUGAUCACGGAGGAAAGUUCGGCGAUCACGUCGGUGACUGGGAGCACACUAUGGUCCGUUUUGUGAACGGCGCCCCCACCGCCUUCUACCUCUCCGCCCACUCCGACGAACGGCGUCCCACGAACUACAUCGGCGUCGGCACGCACGCAAACUACGCGACCCCUGGCCAACACUGCCACGACCUCCCCGGCGACCUCCUCUGCGACCAGACGGACGCCGGCCUCCUGUGGGAUCCGGCCCUCAACUACCGCGCGUUCUGGUACGACCCCGCCGCGAACGCGUUCACCGCGCCGAUCGACGCGGAGGGCGCGAGCUGGCUGAGCUUCACGGGCAUGUGGGGCGACGAGCAGUACCGCGUCCUCGAGCACGGUCAGUACUGUAUCGUCAUCGGCGACCUCGUCAACGAGUGCCGCUUCUCGAGUGGGCCUACUGGUCCGAUCGCGAAGAACCUCAACCGAACGGCGGUGUGCCAGAAGGAAGACGGCUGCACGGUUGAGACCUCGCUGUGA